AGUAAAUAGAAACUUAUCCGGUCUUUUUACUCAAAACAAAAUUGAUUCCAUUGUUACAUUGUGUAUAUAAAUAGAGUGUAAUCAGAAAGUCAAAAGGUAUGUUGGAAAUGGAAGCGUCUCAUCGUCGUCAUGGUUGUAUGUUUCUUUUUCGGAGCGAAGGAAAUCCAGUUUACUCCAGUUGACAUGAAUUGGUGCGAACUCCAUGGCUAUGGCUUUCACCGACUGCUUUAUCCGCCUAUAAAAAUGGCUUCCCUUCCAUUUCCCUAAACCAUCUCAAUCAUCCUUUCCAUCUCCGACCAAAAAAACUAGAAAGGGAGAUCAUCCAUAUCGUUUGAACAUGGGGAAGUCGUUCAUUUUGGUGGCUUUCCUACUCAUACUCGUCUCCAUCGGAGCAACCACGGUUGGAGCUGAUGACAACAAGCCUGACGAUAAGAAGACUCCGGCUGCACCGGCACCCGCCCCUAAAUACCAGAAACCAGCGCCGGCCCCGGCCCCCAAGGAGGAGAAACCAGCGCCGACUCCGGCCCCCAAGGAGGAGAAACCAGCUCCGACUCCGGCCCCCAAGGAAGAGAAGCCAAAACCAGCACCGGCUCCCAAGGAGGAGAAACCAGCGCCGACUCCGGCCCCCAAGGAGGAGAAGCCAAAACCAGCACCGGCUCCCAAGGAGGAGAAACCAGCGCCGACUCCGGCCCCCAAGGAGGAGAAGCCAAAACCAGCACCGGCUCCCAAGGAGGAGAAACCAGCGCCGACUCCGGCCCCCAAGGAGGAGAAGCCAAAACCAGCACCGGCUCCCAAGGAGGAGAAACCAAAGCCUUCUCCUGUCGACGAAGAUACCACGAACUACGACGAUGAGACACCAGACCCAAAAACAGGAAGCGAACGGGCUAAGUGUAAAUCGAAAGGAGCUUGUAAUAAGAAGACACUAACUUGUCCGGCAGAGUGCCCGGAGAGGAAGCCCAAAAAGAACAAGAAGAACAAAGGUUGCUUCAUCCAUUGUGGUAGCAAAUGUGAAGCUACUUGCAAAUGGAGGAGGCCACAAUGUAACGGGUAUGGCUCAUUAUGUUACGAUCCAAGGUUCGUCGGUGGCGAUGGAGUCAUGUUCUACUUCCAUGGCGGCAAAGGACGUGAUUUCGCUCUUGUCUCCGACACCAACCUCCAAAUCAACGCCCACUUCAUCGGAAACCGCCCAAAUGGCCGGAAACGUGACUACACAUGGGUCCAGUCCAUCUCUAUCAUGUUCGACACCGACAUCCUCCUUCUCUCAGCCAAGAAAGUGCAACAAUGGGACGACUCCGUCGACGUGCUUCUAGUAAAAUGGAACGGUCAACAAGUCAACGUCCCCUUCACCGGAGACGCAGAAUGGAAAAUCAACACCGGAGUAAGAGAAGUGGCGGUGGAAAGAACCGACGAGACUAACACUGUUAGAGUUACAGUCGGUGGACUGGUUGAAAUCGACAUGAAAGCUGUUCCGGUGACCAAAGAAGACGAAAAAGCUCACAACUACCAGUUACCAUCAAAUGACGCUUUUGCCCAUUUCGAGACACAAUUCAAAUUCUCAAAUCUCUCAGACAACGUCGAGGGCAUUUUGGGAAAAACCUACAGACCAGGGUAUGUUAGCCCAGUGAAGAGAGGGAUCGCAAUGCCAUUAAUGGGUGGAGAAGACAAAUACGAAACUCCGUCUUUAACUUCACCUCGUUGCAAACUCUGCAUAUUUCAGUCAAAUUACGAGUCUGCCCCUCCCGCUAACGGUUUAUUUCAAUACUAAAUUACAAAUCAAUUAUUGUAAUUUCUUGAAAUUUGUCAAAUAAAGGUCAUAAAGUUAAGGCUCUUGAAUUUCUUUAUUACCCAAAUAAAAUGGUUUUAAAGUUCUAUUCUA